GCUCGCGGCGCCGACUCCACAUCCGGGAGCGGAGAGGAGAGCGGAAGUGGCGUUGAUCUGGCCGGAGCCCUUGGGUGAAUUUGUUAGGCGUGGAGAGGGAGUGAUGUCUUCCAGACUCGGUGCAGUGCCCGCCACCCCGGGACCCACAUCCUUUAAGCAGCAGAGGAGCACGAGGAUCGUGGGAGCUAAGAAUAGCAGGACCCAGUGCUCCAUAAAGGAUAAUAGUUUCCAGUACACUAUCCCUCACGAUGACUCCUUAAGCGGCUCAUCAUCUGCUUCUUCUUGUGAACCGGUGAGUGAUUUUCCAGCCUCCUUCCGAAAGUCUACCUACUGGAUGAAGAUGAGAAGGAUCAAGCCAGCUGCUACUUCCCAUGUUGAAGGGUCAGGUGGAGUAUCAGCCAAAGGAAAAAGGAAGCCCAGGCAGGAAGAAGAUGAAGACUAUCGAGAAUUUCCUCAGAAGAAGCAUAAGCUUUAUGGGAGGAAGCAACGGCCUAAAACUCAGCCUAAUCCCAAAGCCCAGCCUCGUCGUAUUCGGAAGGAACCACCAGCUUAUGCAGCAGGCAGUUUAGAGGAGCAGUGGUACUUAGAAAUUGUGGAUAAAGGCAGUGUCUCCUGUCCUACCUGCCAGGCAGUGGGGAGAAAGACCAUAGAGGGCUUAAAGAAACACAUGGAAAACUGCAAACAGGAAAUGUUCACUUGUCAUCAUUGUGGGAAACAACUUCGUUCACUGGCAGGGAUGAAGUAUCAUGUCAUGGCAAAUCAUAAUAGCUUGCCCAUCUUGAAGGCUGGAGAUGAAAUAGAUGAGCCAAGUGAGAGGGAACGUCUCCGAACAGUUCUCAAGAGACUGGGAAAGCUGAGGUGUAUGCGUGAGAGUUGCUCUAGUAGCUUCACCAGCAUCAUGGGAUAUCUGUAUCAUGUCAGAAAAUGUGGCAAAGGGGCUGCAGAGCUAGAGAAGAUGACCCUGAAAUGUCACCACUGUGGAAAGCCAUAUAGAUCGAAGGCUGGACUUGCGUAUCAUCUGAGGUCAGAGCAUGGGCCUAUAUCCUUCUUUCCAGAGUCAGGACAGCCAGAAUGCUUGAAGGACAUGAGCUUGGAGCCAAAGAGUGGGGGCCGAGUUCAGAGGCGUUCUGCCAAGAUAGCUGUAUACCACCUGCAGGAGCUGGCCUCUGCUGAACUAGCCAAGGAGUGGCCUAAGAGAAAGGUGCUUCAGGAUCUGGUACCUGAUGAUCGGAAGUUAAAAUACACUCGUCCUGGGCUACCGACCUUCAGCCAGGAAGUACUACACAAAUGGAAGUCAGAUAUCAAGAAGUAUCAUCGCAUUCAGUGUCCUAACCAGGGCUGUGAGGCUGUCUACAGUAGUGUAUCUGGCCUUAAAGCUCACCUGGGCUCUUGUACAUUGGGAACCUUUGUGGCUGGAAAAUACAAGUGUCUUCUAUGUCAAAAAGAAUUUGUGUCAGAGAGUGGUGUCAAGUAUCACAUCAACUCUGUCCACGCUGAGGAUUGGUUUGUUGUAAACCCAACAACGACCAAAAGCUUUGAGAAGCUGAUGAAGAUAAAACAGCGACAGCAAGAAGAAGAAAAGCGGAGGCAGCAGCACAGGAGCCGAAGGUCUCUAAGAAGGCGGCAGCAGCCUGGCUUUGAGCUUCCUGAGACAGAGCUGAGUCUUAGAGUAGGGAAGGAUCAGAGGAGGAGUCAUGAGGAACUGCUCGUGGCAACGUCCUGUAAAGAACCAGAGCAGGAGCCAGUGCCAACACAGUUCCAGAAAGUCAAGCCCCCAAAGACGAAUCAUAAACGAGGAAAGAAAUAGGCAGUCAGUGUGAAAGCACUCCUGGGAGAGUGGAUGGGAUGCUGUGGUCACAGGGACCUGUGUGGAGAGGCCUGAGUCAUGGGGGCCAAGUGAAGAGAAAUUUACUCUUUCAGCUGUUUGUGUAAGGCUGUGGCACUCUCAGCUCCUUCUUCCUGUGUAAAUUUCAGUGUUUUCCCUACUGAUUCACGUGGACCCUCCACCACCCCCAUCCCCAUCUCCUUUUUGGUAGAUUUUCCUGCUAUUCUCAUUGGAGUCCUCCUGUUUUUCUCUUAUCUUGCCCAAAGAGCUCCUCCUUAAGGCCCACUAUAGGCCCUUCUUGCCCCGUACGAGACUAAGAAACCUGUUUGAUUAUCCUUUCCAUACUGGGGUGUAGAAUGUUCUUGGAAGCUCCAUUGAUUUCGUAGUCGCUCCGUCAUCUUAUAAAACAAUUCCAAACUAACUUUUUAAAACCAUACUGAUUUAUCAUUUUGUAUUUGUGAUAUAACAAGCCUAGAACCUAGAACUGUUGUCACUCCUUUAAUAAGGUUCCCCUGUCUGCUUGGGUGACAGAAUUUAUGGAGGCUGUUUGUUGUCUCAAUAUGGUUUUAGGAUUGAAAGUGAGAAAAUAGAUUUAGAAUAAAAAAAGCUAGACCCUCCGGACACAGGUUUUCCUAGGAAAUGCUUUGUUUGUCCGAGGUGGCAGUAAGUACCUAGAGCCACACACAUGAAAUGCGGCCUUAGGAGGAAUGUGUCCCACACAUAAAAUGACUGGAAAGAAGAAAGUAGCAGCAAAAAUGAAUACCGCCUCAACUUCCCUGGGUGUGAGGCCUCAUCUGUUGCUAUGACCAGUGCCCUCCUGCAGCUUGUCUUGCUCCUGAAGUUUUGAGGAUUGAGAGAGAAAUAAACCCUUUUGCUCCUGAUGUUUGACACAGAACCCUAAUAUUGCUGGUACUCCCGUGAAGAUUGGUAGGCAAGGUGCACAUUCCUUCUCCCCUGGACUUGACCUGACUUGUUAGUCUGCACUCUGUUAAGUCCUCGUAUCUCCCUUUAGCCAAAGUCUGUCUCUUUGAAUUUUCUGAGAAUAUUGUCCUCUACCUUCUUUUUUAGAUGUUGUGUUCUGUCCUUUUUAUAACCUGAGACUUUGACACCAGGUGUAGAUAUUUAUCUGGAGUUGGAAAGAAAAGUUCUUUUUCUGAACCUCAUGCCUACCUGAUAGUAUCUGUUAGGCUGUUUCUCUUUGAGGCUGGCUUUCCUUGGAGCAUUGGUUAGAUCAGCUCUGUUGUCGUAUUCCUGGAUUCUCUUCCCCUUUUCCAUAAAUAUUGGUCUUCUAUAUUCUUGCCAAUUUUUGUGGCUUACGCCACAUAAAAAGCCAGGGACCCUUAACCCUAAUAUGGACCAAUACUGCCUUUUCAAAUUCUGAAAGGCUGUUACCACUUUUAACUCUGUUCUCUGUGCUCCUCCAUAUAGCCUUAAAAUGUGGGCUUUUGUGAAGACCACUUUCAAACAUGGGAGCAUUGAAACCUGAUUGGGAUACUGCCAGAACGGGUAGUUUUGCAACAAGGGAAGGACAUGGUCUUUCCACUCAACAUUGUCAUUGGCAGUUGCUCCCUUAAAGCCCUUUCCGUACAUGAGGAUUGUCAGGGAGGAAAAUGGAGAAGCUCUGUUAAUUUCUGGUGCGUAAGACUUGGGGAGUGUUUGGCAAUGGCAAGAAAAAUAAAUGACUCGGUGUUAGAAUGAUGUUUUCCAUUGUUCAUUGACUCCAACGUGCUACCUGUCUCCUUGCUGACACAGUGUGUCUGGGGAAGAUAACGACUAGAGAUGGGAAUGAGUUUGGAAGAAGUAACACAUACAGUUGUGUCCAUAGUUCUUUGGGCCCUGAAAUAUGCUGGUUCAAAUGAAUCCACUCAUACCUUGCUUUAUUGCUCUUCCCUUUACAGAUACCGAUUUUAAUUAAAGUACGUACAUUGUUGUUUUAGACAUAAUGGUAUCGCACACUUUAAAUAGACUACAAUAUAAUAUAAACAUACCUUUUAUAUGCACUGGGAAACUGAAAAAUUCAUGUGACUUGCUUUAUUGUGAAAUUUACUUUAUUGUGGUGGUCUACACCCAAACCCCCAAUAACAGAUGUGUGCCUGUAAUUGGUGUGAGAUUAAACUUGUCCAGUCUCAUCCAGGGCCCUCGCAGGUGAUCCUUUUUCCUAUCUGAGCCAGGGAUCAGCAGGACUCACUAGAGAUUAUACUAAAUAUAUUAAUUGAAUUUUUAAGUUUUUUAACCAAAUUCAUUAGAAUAAUAUUUAUUGACGUUGAAUGGUAUCAGGUCUAGCUAGAUUUUGGAGCAAUGUGAACUCCCUGCACUUUGGAAUGGACAUUGGUACAAUCAAUUUAAAAACUAAUUGGCAGGAUCUCUUAAAAUUGAAGAUAUGCCCUGAGACUCAGUAAUUUCACUUCUACGGCUAUACAAACUACUCCUGGUCAGGUGUUCUACUAGACAUCUACAAGAAUGAUGUUGCAGUCUAAUUUCCAAUAUGUACUGGAAACAUCCUGUACCAGAGACUACUGGCUGUCCAGCAAAAUUGGCUUUACCUUGCAGAGUUAUAGGAUUAUAGGAGAAAUGGCUAGACUACAUUUCCAGCCCUCCAGCCAAUUCCCCUGUAGUGAUGGGGUAGCCAACUAACUUCUCUGUGGUGGAAUGUGAGUGCAAGUGAUGUGUGUCAGUUCCGUGCCAGGACUUUUAAGAGAGCGAGUGUACCUCCAUGCUUUCUUUCCCCUUCUUCUGGCUAGAUGCAGUUGAUAAGGCAGCUCUAGGGCAUGGUAGACCAUAACAUGGAAGAUAUUGAUUCCCUGAAUGACCCCAAGAAAGACUAUUUGCCAAUCAGGAUGAUCUAUCUAUCUGAG